UCGGGUCGUUCAAAUUUUGAAAAAAAAAUCGAUUUUUAAAUUAACAAUAAUUAUUACUGAAAAUGCUAACCAUAAGGAGUUUUGCUAAACUAUUUAGUUCUGUGGUGCAUCAGCGUAACUUCUCCCAUGCAUUUAACCACUACCAGAAGGUCACCGAGAUUGUAAAGCUAGUGGAUCCUUAUUCUAAAAUCCGGAUCAAGUGCAGUUGUAAUUUGCGGAUCAUACCAUACGACCUGCUAGAUUGUCCAGAUGCAAACCGGCUCAGGGCAACUCUCAGCAGUGAUACCUCCGAGUUAAAGGUCGUUGUGGCCGGACAAGAUGUAACAAUUGAAAAUGAUGGCGAUACAAAAUCGUCACCGGAUUGCCUAUUGGAGAUACCGAUAAAGGCUGACUUGGACAUUACCAAUCGUGGAAGCACCGAGAUUAAAGAUUUAUACAGCGAUGAAGUUCGAUUGCGAUCGGACGGUAAAAUAGUCACCAAGAAUCUUAGGAGUACGAUAGUCGAUUUGGAAAGCACCAAUGGGGACAUCAGUUGCGGAGGGACGACUUUGGCCCAGAUAAUUCGGGUAUCAACAAACGGAACCGGUAACAUUUUACUGGACAAACUACAAGGGGGAGAUUUGGAAGCGGAAAGCAACAGUGGUAGUAUAUCCGUUAAUUCGAGCUACUGCAAUAAUUCGAAGUUUACAACCAAUGGAGAUUUGAUCUUGAAAAAUAUUCAUAAGCAAUGUCAGGUGAAUGCUAAAGGAUCUGGUAAAUUUGUGAUGAAUGGCUUUUACGGAAGUCUGCAAGCCGAUGUGGAAAGCCAAAGGGUAGAACUGCAAAUUUCGGAAAUCACCGGAGACAGUUCUGUUAAUGCGCCUCUAGCCACGGAAGUAAGCCUGGCCGUCAGCGAUACGGUACUGCAGAACGUCAAAGUAUCAAUUACUAGCUCCGAAAUGAAAGUUGAUCCGAGCUUUGAUGAAAAACAAAAUGCGAUAUCGAAAGAAGGCGCCACUAGUCACAGUUUUGGACCGAAUGAAAGUGUCAAUCGGUUCCAGCUUUAUACCGGUGGCUCAGUACAGGUGAAAAAAAUGUCCUGGACCGACUCGUUUGGAUUUAAUUUAAAAAAAGAGAAUUAAUUUAUUAUCUGUUAACUAAUGGUACUAAGUAGUAUGAAGAGUUGAAAUAUAACGAAUGA